AUGGCGGCCAUAAAAACAUGCAACAUGAUAAAAACAGUAAGCCCAAGCGCAUUGAAACGCGUUGUGUCAACAUCAGCAACAUCACGAAAUACCACAACGCCCUCGGCGUUUGUGCUUGAGCAAGAACGGACGGCAACUUGCCCGUUUAAAAACAUACUAAACACAAAACCAUUAUGGCGGAAUGAAUCUCAAAUCUCGCGUGACAUACCAGCCGCAUCUUCUGAACUAAAGAGCUUCGAAGAAAUUCCAGCACCCAAAGGUCUUCCGAUAGUGGGAACGUUAUUUGACUAUUUUAAGAAGGACGGUUUACGAUUUAACAAAAUGCACGAGGCAUACAAGAAGAGGGCAAUCGAACAUGGUCCAAUUUACAAAGAAAAGAUUGCCACCAUCAGUACCGUGGUCGUCAGUGACCCCCACGAGUACUCCAAGGUCAUAAGGUCAGAGGGCAGGUACCCGAUACGGCGUGAGAUGGAGCCCAUAGCUCACUACAGACGACAGAAAAAUCUAGACCUCGGACUCGUCAACGACAAAGGUGAGAACUGGUACAAGCUUCGAACGGUCACCGCACCAAAGAUGCUUAAAAUGAAGGAGGUGCUGGACUUCUGCGGACCGAUGAACGACGUUGGAAACGAUUUUGUUGCGCACCUGGCCGACGUGCGUCAAUCCAACGAUGAGGUGGUCGGUCUCGAGAAGGAACUCUUCAAAUGGGCGUUUGAAUCAAUCGGUACGUUCCUUUUCGAGGAGAGGAUCGGCUGCUUCUCCAAACCGACGCCGACCAAAGCGCAGCAGUUUAUCGAUCAUUUACAGGAGUUUUUCAAGUACCUCCAGCCCCUCAUGUUCAACGUGCCAAUCUACAAACUCUACCCAACGAAACUGUGGAAGAAGUUUGAGUACCACUCGGACGCCGUCUUCCAAUUGGGCCGGUAUUUCAUCAAUAAGAGAGUCGCGGAGUUAGAGAAAACAGUCCAGCUCCCUUCGGCAUCAAAGGACGUGGCGUCGGAACAGCGGGUCCCCUUCCUGACGUACAUGCUGUCCCAGGAGUCGCUCACAACCGACGACGCCCUAUCAACCGCCGUUGACAUCCUUGCGGCCGCCACAGAAACCACUUCCAAUGCCAUGCUGUGGACCUUAUACUGCUUGGCUGAGAAUUCGGAAGCCCAACAAAAGAUGUACGAAGAAACCAAGGCCGUUUUGGGUGAUAGCAAGGAUAUAAACGCCGAAAACAUCUCCAAACUAACCUACGUGAAGGCAGUACUCAAGGAGGCCCUUCGCAAAUACCCUAUUUCUUGGGCCACCAGUAGAAUAACACAGGAGGACAUGGAGGUGUGCGGACACCACAUUCCAGCCGGGACGCACAUACAGGCAAACUUGUACGGCAUGUUUCGCGACGAGAAGCUCUUUCCCGACAACGACAGCUUCAAGCCGGAGCGGUGGCUGAAAGACAGCAAGAUGGACGCCACUCUAAAAGGCCUGUCCAGCCUCGUUUGGGGUCACGGGGCACGCAUGUGCAUUGGACGACGUUUCGCCGAACAAGAGAUGCACAUCGCCCUUACAAAGAUCGUGCAAAACUUCAACUUGCAGUACGAACGUGAGCCCAUUCAUGCUACUCUAAACACCGUGAUGACCCCCGAUCGACCAUUGGUGAUCAAGUUCGAACCCCGUUCAUUAUAGGAACCAGAACCCAACCCCACAAAAACACAAUAAUUUAUUUAUUUCUCGUUAUACCGUCAACGCAGGCAGUCGACACUGUUCCUAAGCGUGAUUUCGUUGUUUUGUGAGUGUGUAUGGAUAGAGUGAAUUUCAGCAUUUUUCAAACGGACAAAACGAACCAUGUAUGCAGUGUUCGCGUUU